GGGAGACAGGGAGGAACUAAGUGGAGAAGCGCCCUGAACGCCAUGCCAGGGAGCUUGAACUUUACGCCACGGGCAGUGGGGAGACACUGGAAGGCUGUAAGCAGGGAGAGAUAGGUCAGGUUAGGGCUUUGAAAAGAUCCCAGCAGUGGGAAGAUAUUUUAGAGCUGAUGACACUUGAGCAGGAGGUCAUUUUUCUGGCAAAUCCCAAUUCCUGCCUGUGAGGACCCUUAUUUCUUUACGUAUUGUCUUACCUCUUAGGGCAAGACGUGUGCAACCAUGUUCACAUGAGGACUACUGAUGGCGGGGAAUGCCGAGGAAGGGGUGCAGUGACUGGAAGGGGAGACUAGUGGUAGAAUACUAAGUUCUGGGGAGAGGCCUCUCUUACAGGGUAAGGGAGAAGCCAGGCAGUUCCCCCUUCCCAUUUCCAAGAUGGCGCUGCCUGCUCGGGGCUUCCAGUCAGGAAGCCGGAAGCAGCAGGCCCCACACACUGCUCCAUUGUGCACCUGCCUCCCAAGGGGAAUGCAGCCAGCGGUGAGGCGGUGUUGCAACAGAGAUCAACUGCUGGGGGGCGGCAGUGGAGGAGACCUGGUCCCUUCUCUGGGCAGCUCGCGGUAUCAUUGGCUUUUCCAGCUGGUGGGGCGGGGGGCAGUCACAGGAAAUGGCCCCGGGGGUCAGAUAAGCUGAAGGAAGAAGCCGAGUAGCUGGGAGGACAGAACAGGUGGAGUUUCCCCCACCUGCCGAGAGCAGCCAGAGAGAGAGGACGGAGCCUGCUAGUGGCGGUCUGUGGACUGAGAGGGGCUCCCCGAGGGUCCCAGGGCAGAGCUCACCAUGCUGCUCUGCCUCACCCCGCCUCUCCUGACGGGGCUGUCUGCUUGCACUGUGGCAGGUGACAAGGAACUGCCACUUGACGCUGAAGCUGGGUCCUGGGGCACCGUGACCCUGGAGGAAGAUGUUGUGCCCAGCAUUCAGCUCCAGCUCUGGGAAGUGAAGAGGAGCAAAGCGAGCCAGUUUUUUGGACUGAUGGGGAAGCAGGUGGGAGGAAUACCUCCCAUCCAGCCAGAGAGAAGAGCGUAUCAACGAGGACCAGUAGUCCAGGGCCACCUGGGCAGGGGAGGACCAUCUACAGAAGGUAGAUGAGAGCUUCUACUGGAUUGCAAGGGCAUAACGAGAAAGUGACCACUUUGCUGCCAGUCUCCACAGUGGGGGCCAGGCAGCUGGCCAGACAGACAGGCUCCCCACAAGCUAUUAGGCAGAGGACCCACGGAAGAGAGCAGUCGAGGUGCAGGGAGAUCAUGAUCCCUUUGAUGAUCCAGGCCUGUAACAGCCGUAGCCCUGAAGCUGCACCCUCUCCACCCCCAACACACCCAGGCACACUCUGCUCCCCCCUCUCAGGGCCAGCUGAAGCUACAGAGUAGUGUGUGGUUUUUCAGACCCUGAACAUCCCCCUUAUUCCCUUACUAAUCGUUGUUAGAAAGUCUUAAGGUAUUUCCUAUCUUCAAUGAUUAUAAAUAAAGGCAAAUGGCCCUGGGAGGGGUAACACCCUAAGUAGUUAUCAGCUAACGCCUUCUGGCAGGGGCCACAACCCCAAAGGGGUUCAAGGGGACGCUCAAUAAAUGAACAGGCAUGAAAGUAGGUAAGUGAAUCGAGCUGGGGAAGGAGCCAUAGCUCAAGCCAGUCAGCUCAAGAGGAAGGGCAGGGGGUGUCACAGCUGAUCAAAGACGCCAAGCUCAAGUCUGCUUUCCUAAACCUGACCUCUCCCCCCAGAGCCGCAGACCUGUGGACUGCUCUCUAGCUUCCCUGAUACCUGCUCCUUCCAACAUAGGCUCUUGGGAAUAAAGAUGGGAAAGUCCUCUAUAUUCCCCCAAGAGUUUUUCCUAAGUGUCUGAGCCUUUCCACUUGAAGGGCCAUGGAAGUCAACCCAAUGCCAAUGUGGAAAUGAAUGUCCCUCCACGCAGAGUGUCGGCAGGAGCCUUAGAAAUCAUUUUUCAGGGAUGGAAAUAAUUUGCCCAAAGUCACACACUGAACUGAUAACAGAGCCAGGACUAAACACUGUGUCCCCCGCUCCCUAGGCCAGGGCACUUCCCGUGGCCCCAGGAGGGCCUUUGGAAUUUUGAGUGGUGGAUUACCACUCCCUUUCUUUAGAGGAUUAGUGAGGGUUGGCUCGUCCAUGCUCUGGAGGCGUUUAUGGUUGAAAAAUGGAAGCUGUGCCAGAUGAACCUGUAAUUUGCCUUAGAUAUCUGCAGCUGGAGAAACGCGAGUUAGGGACGUGGAGGGCCUUGGGUGGAUGACUAGGGAAGGGCUCCGAGGGUGGAGGAGGCAGACCAGUCUCCCCUCACCGCCGGCCACGUGCAGCACUCUUCCCAGGCCCAGAGGAUGAGGACCACUGGUCAGAGUGAGAGCCCCUGCCACGUGCUUCCCAGAGGACGAAAAACCCCUUUCUCCCUACCUGGACGUGACAGCCAACCAGCCAGCCUCCGUGUCUCCUGGGCUCAUCGCCAGCAUGUCCCUACCCCUAGGCCCUCACUGAACUCACUGGGGCUCCUCCCAGGACUCUCGGUCUCAAGCAGCAGUCGUGCAUAAGUGCACUGUUGUCACCACUG